GUGUGGAGACGAACGAUUUCAGUCUCUGUACAAUAAUUAUUUCCAAUUUUCUACCACCGAAUGUGCUCGCUCCCUAGUUAAUUGAUAGACUUGAACACGACGCUUAAGAGUGUCGAGGCGUUUUGACUUUAUUUACCACACUCUACACGCCAUGUAGGAUGCGCUAAGAAGGCGGUUAAGUAUGUAGGUAGAUAGGUUCCGUAGGUAUGCACAAAAAAAACAACACCGGGUCACACUGUAUUAAGAACAAACCGAACACGAUAAAAUAUUGUACACCAUAGUAGACGACUCACGCCUUAUUUUUCCAUUUGAACGUACGGUAGGUAGUAUAUACACUCAGUGUUAAGGUAGUGUUCAGAAAACAACCAGGUCGAAACUCGCCGCGUUUUUAUACCGGUCGUCGCAGUAUUAUGUUGUCUUGAGUUGUGGUAUGUAUUACCGGUGAUCUCAAAAUAAACCGAACGCCUUUAGAAUAAUUUUUUACUAAAAUGGGCACUAGAGUGGCGGCUGCGCAUUUUUCGGAUAAAACUUUUGUCGGAGUACCACAGUUACUUGAAGAUCUACAAAAAUUGGCCGACAAUCACGAAUCGGCUGACAUAGUGUUCCUAAUAGGUCGUGAAGAAGUUCCUGUCUACGCGCAUCGGAUCAUUUUAAUGACUAGAUGCAAAAGCUUCCAAUCAGUUAAGCGUGGUGAAAUAUGCCGAAUCCCCGGUUGUUCUGUAUCCCCAUCGGCGCCGGGUACACCCACCCCCGUCCGACUACCACAGUUCCAAGGUGAUACGUUCAAACAAUUUAUCAAUUAUGUAUAUACAGGCAAGAUAGUUCUUCAAGACAACGGAGUCUUUGAAAUGUUAACUCUAGCGCAAGAAUUAGGCGUGGAAGAUCUACAAAACAGCUGCGAGGAGCAUGUAUCUUCGACUAUGUCAGUUUUAAAUGCUUGCACGUUUUUGGCUGCGGCAAUGGAUAUACAAGACAGAGCUUCUAGUGGCAAAGGUGCUAAAUCAUUUGUCGAUCGCUGCGUGUCGUUCAUCGGCGAAAACGCUGCCAAAUGCGUUAAAACCAACGCAUUUUUAAAUCUACCAAAGGACUCCAUAAUAAAACUGUUAUCCUCGGACUGCUUGGCUCUGGAAGAAGAGGACGUAUGGAGAGCCGUGGUGAACUGGGCCAAGUUCCAUGCGGGCGUGGUGCAGCGAACCGCACAUUGGACCGAGGAAGAACGAGCAAGGGUGUGCCAGCAUUUGUCUGGAGUCAUUAAUCACGUCAGGCUAUUGUUGAUAGACUCUCAGGUAUUUGCCGAAGAAGUAGAGCCCACGGGAGCUGUGCCAAUAGAAAUGUCAUUGGAGCGUUAUCGCUUUGCAGCACUCCCCAACAAGUUCAAAGAGAUGUCGGAAGACCAACGCCUUCAACCUCGGGUUAUGCUUAAGUUUUUCUCCGGCUCACAUAUUUUGAGUCAAGAUAAAACUCACUUACAACGCGUGCUGAAUCAAUGGUACGGCAGUGUAAAACAAUGUUGGCGAUUGGUUUAUAGAGCUUCCACCGAUGGGUUCUCUGCUGAUGCUUUUCACAAACACUGUGACGGCAUUUCGCCCACAUACGUCUUAGUAUUAGGUGUGAACGGCUGGCUGAGCGGAGGAUUCAGCGACGUUCCAUGGGGAAAGAGUCACACUAAGGGUGCUUACAUGGUGUCCGACAAGAGCUUCCUGUUUUCUCUCAGCACCACUCAAGAUACCCCGCCGAUAAAAUACGAUAUUGUUAAAAAACCUUACGCCAUAUGCUACCACCAAGAGAUCGGUCCUAUAUUCGGAGCCGGUGCCGAUCUACUCAUAUCCAACAACUGCAACGUCAACAUGGACAGCUACAGCAAUUUACCGCAUUCCUACGAUGGCGAGAACGCUUCUUGCAACUCUUUAAUGGGCGAUUACAAUUUCACCGUUGCCGAUUACGAAGUGUUUACUCCAUUGUCCAAGUGAAACAUUAUAAUGGCUUGCCAUAGAUUAAGUGACUUUUAUCUACUCUAAAAUACAGCUGACAGUAAAAAAUAAUCACAUCUUGUAAAAAAAAUAUAUCAAAAUGUUGAAAAAGAAAAUAACGGAAAUUACGGCCUUUUACGGAAUUGAUAAUUUCCGAUGAACCGUCUAUAAAAAAUGUAUUAAAUACAAGACCGAUGAAAAGCGCCAACAUCUGAUUUAAUUUGUCGACGCUUUUUCAGCGUCUUAGACUAAACUUGUACGUAACUUGAUUUUGACUACAGCAUGAGCUGUAUUAUAUUAUGGUAAAUCGAAAAUGUCUCAUUAUGUUUUGUUCCUCGUGGUCUUAUUGACUAACCAAUUCAAGGUUUUUUUUUAACUUAUAAAUUAAUAUGUUUGUAUAAUUUAUUUUAAAACAUGUUUUGUGUUUCCAUAUUUGUAUAUUUUAUUCAGAAUCUGUGUUAAAAUGUAUUACUUUUGACUUUAUUACAACACGAUUGAGUA